GCGGGAUCGGCUUUGUCAGAGAAAAAAGUUGUGUUCACUGCGUUAAAAAUGCGUUAAAUAGUGAAUGUGACAAUAGUUCAAUGUUCACGUGUUUUUUUUAUUAAAUAACUAUUAAAAUAGAGUUAGUUAUGUUGUGUGUGCUUGUGCUAUUUAUUUUUAUUAUUCCAUAUAGUGUUCAAAUUUCGCCUGCCUGUUCAAAUAACUUUAUAAGCCUAGGACGAAAAUGCUACUUCUUUGGAAACAAUGAGGAAACCUGGAUGAACGCACAUCACGAAUGUGUUGAAAAAAAUAGCAGUCUGGCUACUUUAAUAAACCCACAUCAGCAUAAUUUGAUCAAAAAAUAUGUUAAUGCCAAGUUUAGCCAAGAAAGAGUAGAAAGAUGGAUUGGUGGCCGGUUCAAUGAAAAACAAAGAAUUUGGGUUUGGGGCGAUUCUGGAAAACCGAUCAAAUACAAAUCAUUUGGGAAUGAAGAAAUAAACGAUAAUUUUAAAUUACAAUGUUUGGUGAUGGAUCAGAAUCAAAAUAAUAAUUGGAGUAUUCAAAAUUGUUUGGCAAAGAGACGGUACAUUUGCCAGACAAACUUCAAAAAUUCAAAACCUAGAAAAGGAAGAAGAUCCAAAUAUGAUGUGCCAGCACCUUUAACUAAAAUUACAGUUCCCAAAAACGUCAAUAUAACAAAACACAAGAAAAAUGUAAAUUACGCAUGCCCUCCAAACAUGUACCUGAUAGGGAAAAAGUGUUAUUUCUUCGGUGACGAGCAAAUAACAUGGCGUGAGGCGUAUUACGCGUGUCAAGAAAAUAAUACGAAUCUUGCAGUUAUUAAAAAUAAAAAGCACGAUUUUAAAAUCAGGGAGUUUUUGAGCGAUGGCUUCAUAGAAGACUCCGACAGAUGGUUAGGGGGAAUAUAUGAUUAUGGCAGAAAAAAAUGGAAGUGGCCGAAUGGAAACACUUUGACAUAUACGGGAUUUGCCAGAAUUGGAUUAAGAAAUAAAAAUACCAGAUUUUCCACAAUAUUCAUGGAUCGAAAAUUACAAUACAGAUGGAACAUUGACAAUAAGAUGAAGAAAAAAGGGUACAUUUGCCAAACAAACGCGAAGGAAGUAGUUGUUGUGGGCAACUUGACAACACAGCGUAAGCAUGUUAAAAAACCUGAUGCUGUCGUUGUUAUAAAAGAUACCAAUGUUGAUAAUAACACAAUAGAUUAACCUAGUUUAUAUUGAGAGAAUAAAUUCCUAAUGUUUUAUAUUGGGUAAUCUGAUUACACAAGGAGUAUUUUGAUUGUAAAUACAUGUUAAAUUAGUAGUUUAUGGUGUUUUAUUUUUACCUAACAGUUGAGGGAUUCAUCGGUUUCAACAGCAGUUAUACUGCAAACAAGCUGCUUCAGACAAUUUCUAUCGCAACCCUCCUUCAGAA